CAUAUCUCAAACCCUGUUGCACACCGUUUCCAGGAAACAUGUCGUUCAACCCGGAAACCGUAACAAAACGUUGCGCACCUUUGAGCGUGAACGUGCCCCUGGUCACCAUAGUGAUUUUGGUGGGGGCGUGGCCUCGCAGAGUCACGUGACUCUUUCUCCAGCGAGCCCUCCAGACCCAGUGUCGUUGGUCGCGUCGCGGUUUGAGCUGAAAGAUGGCCGCAGUGGAGCAGCGCCCGCCGGCGCGGGAGGGAAUUCGGAUCGCGGUGCUGUGUAUGUGCUGGUACACCGUCAGCUCUGGUGGCAACGUGGUCAAUAAAAUAAUCCUCAACGGCUUCCCCUAUCCGGUCACGGUGUCUCUCUUUCAUAUACUGUCCAUCAUCGUGUUUCUCCCGCCGCUGCUGCGAGCCUGGGGCGUCCCGCGAACGGAGUUACCGGCCCACUACUACCGCUGGUUCAUUCUGCCGCUCGCCUUCGGGAAAUACUUCUCCUCGGUCUCGGCCCAUUUCAGCAUAUGGAAGGUUCCGGUGUCGUACGCGCACACUGUGAAGGCCACCAUGCCCAUCUGGGUGGUUCUGCUGUCACGGAUUAUCAUGAAAGAGAAGCAAACCACAAAGGUUUAUGUGUCUCUUAUACCCAUCAUUGGAGGUGUUCUGUUGGCCACUGUCACUGAAUUGUCCUUUGACGUCUCUGGAUUGAUCAGCGCUCUGGCAGCGACGCUCUGCUUCUCUUUACAGAACAUAUUCUCGAAAAAGGUCUUGCGUGACACAAGGAUUCACCACCUCCAAUUACUAAACAUCCUGGGCUUCAAUGCACUUAUGUUUAUGCUGCCCACGUGGAUUUUAGUGGACCUCUCAUCUUUCCUGAUGGAUGGAGAUCUGACAGAGAUUUCCAACUGGACAGGAACGAUCGUGCUGCUCCUCAUUAGCGGUUUCUGCAACUUUGCACAAAACAUGAUCGCUUUCAGUGUGCUGAACCUAGUCAGCCCACUCAGUUACGCCGUAGCCAACGCAACAAAGAGGAUCAUGGUCAUCAGUAUAUCCCUACUGAUGCUCAGGAACCCCGUCAACACCUCCAACAUUAUCGGCAUGAUGACAGCAAUACUAGGCGUCUUCCUCUAUAAUAAGGCGAAAUACGAUUCCAACCAGGAGGCCAAGAAGAAACUGCUGCCAGUUUCAGCACAGGAUAUGGUUUCAUUGGACAAACCCCAGUCCAACGGCUCCGGGCCCUUCGCUCACAGCUCAGACUUUCAGCACGGUCGGAGCACAGUACUCACCGACCACUUUCAGUACAGCCGGCAGGCCUACACAGCGGAUUACAGCUCCAAGCAGUUUGUUGUGUGAGUAGAACACUUUGGAGGACUAUAAAGACUGGUCUCAGACCCCCUGGCUUCAGAGGAGAUGGGUGAAUCUUUCAUACGGACGAGGAAGUGUCGGAAUGACUGGAAAGGGAAUGUUUUCUCACAAAAUCCUACUGCUUUUUUUUUCACAGGCCUGUUAUUUAUUUUAUUACAAACCCUAUUUUGGUUGUUUUCCUGUUUAGUUCAUGAGGAAAUUCUCAGUGGUAUGUGCAGAUUUUUGCAGAUUAUUAUAGGAAGGUGCUGGGAUUUGUUUUGGAUCAAGUUUUUGUUUUUGCACAGGGUGCAUUUCAGUGCAGUUCAGAAUGUAAUAUGUCUUUGUCGUCGUCAUGCUACUGCGAGUGAGAGACAAGACAGACAAACAGCGAGACCUCUGCCAUAUAACAUACACUGGGUCACUGCAAAUACAAGUGCAUCAGGGUAUUAGUCAAUGUUCUGGUUUUGCCUUUUAUUUGUAAAUAUUUUAUUUAUUUUUAUAGAGGAAGGUGUAUUGGUUGACCAUAUCAUGAACUGAAAACACCCCAUUGAUUUUUUUUGUUUUUUUUUGAAUGUCUAAUAUCUGUGAAGGAAUCACUUUUUUUCAUUCUGGGGGUGUUAAAUCAGACAUUCAUGCAUUCAUAUGUAUGAUUAUCAUUUUUUGUAUUUUUAUUUUAUUUUUACUUUCAUGCAGACAGGGGAAUUAGAAUUACCAUACAAUGGCCAUAACUUAUGGGUCAGUUUAAUUAAUAUUAAAUGUCUAGGAGGGGAAGAUGGGGGAUUCAUAAAGCAGUUUAUUUUAUUUCUUUGUUUUCUGGAAAUUGACAUUCUGUAAGUUUAAAUUUGUCUCAGUCCCUCACAAUAAAAAGUUUGAGGACAUUGUUUCAGAA